AUGUUGCUACCGUUAAAAAUUGUGGGAUGUUGGGAAUGGUAUCCACACGCCGUAAAUAAACAAAUUUACGUAAACAAUAUUUAUAUCUGCAUGGUUUUAUUCAUUUUGACCAAUCUACCUUUAUCAUUAGUUGUACAUUUGUACACGGAAUGGACGGAUGUUAUGUCAAAUUUGGACAAAAUGGCGGACGGUUUGCCACUUUUUGUAUCUAUGGCGAUUGUAGCGUAUUUUGCAAUUCAUAAAAAAGAGUUGUAUGAAUUAAUCGAGUUUAUGAACGUUAAUUUUAAAUGGCAUUCAGCGAAUGGACUUACCAAUAUGACGAUGGAAGGAAGCUACAAAACUGCCAGGAAUUUCGCUUAUUUAUACACAGCUUGCACUUUUUUUAGUGUUGCCAUGUAUGUUGUGUUACCGGUGAUUGGUUAUUUACUCUUCAGUCAUCCACUCCAUCCAUGGAUAUAUAAGGACGUCGAAGGUGGUCUGUUUAUAUUUUUCGUAUUUUUACGACAAUGUGUAGCUCAAGGAUUUGUGGCUUUAGCUAUGGGGCAGUUAGGUGUAUUUUUUGCAUGCAAUGCCAUUCUUCUCUGUGGCCAGUUGGACUUACUCUGCUGUUCCUUGCGUAAUGUCCGGUACACGGCUCUGCUCCAAAACAAUGUGGCUCACGAAGCUUUAAAACUUCAGGGCUAUAGCAUUCUAGAGGAUGAACAGCAUAACUAUAUGUACAAUAUUUCGACAGAGACGGAAUCCAGCCAUUAUGAUGUUGAGGUUAUUUCCCAUUUUAAGCAUCCUCAAAUUAACUUAGAUCAUGUCACGUCACACAGUAAACAAUAUGAUGAUGGAACUGCUCGUGCGAUACUAGAGUGCGCACGCGUCUGUCAAGUCGUGAAAGAAUAUCAAGGCAGAUUUGAGACAUUUUUGUCGCCGCUACUUGCGUUGCGCGUUGUACAAGUUACUCUAUAUCUAUGUACUCUUUUGUAUGCGGCUACAUUGAAAUUCGAUAUGGUCACUGUGGAAUAUCUCGGUGCUGUUGCCCUGGACAUAUUUGUCUAUUGCUAUUUUGGAAAUCAGAUUAUUUUACAGGCAGAUCGCGUAUCAACAGCGGCCUAUCAAAGUGCCUGGACAACCAUGGGUGUGGCCCCACGGCGUCUCUUAUUAAACAUGCUGCUUGCUAAUAGAAGACCAGUCAUAAUGCGUGCUGGCAGAUUCCUUCCUAUGAAUUUGCAUACAUUCGUUUUGAUAAUCAAGACAUCAUUUUCAUACUACACACUAUUGGUGAACAUGAAUGAAUCAUAA